GUAACCACAAUACAAACAGAAGAAGAGACGCUCAGGUGACGCCAUUAGAUCAGACGCUACAAAUCUAGUGUCACGUCACUAGAAGGUGUAACAUCUGGAUGGUUUACUCAGGCUCCUGCAGCUGGAGAGUUACGACAACUCUUUCUCUCAUUGUAAUUUACGGUAACGUAGACUAACACCGUGCCGCUCAGCAGCAGCAGACCGGAAUCGACUGAGUCCCUCCGGUUUGUGUAGAUUAUAAAUAUGCACAUUAGAUCAGAGCUGGACUGAAGCAGCAGUGAAGUCCGUCAUGUUCACGGAGGCUCGUGCCGCGGACACUGGGACCAGAGACAGCGGGGAUGGAGCAUCAUGGUGAGACUGGACCUCAGACUCAACCUCCUGCUUGAAUCUACAUCCACGAGUCCUCAUCGACACGUCGCCCUGAGGACGCAGUGACACGAGUCAUGUCCAGGUCCAGUCGGCGCUACAAGCCUCUGCUGCAGACCAACGGCAGCGGCUCCCCCCUCGGCUGUGACCGGGUUCGAAUCCCCCGGGCCCGGGUGCUGCUGCUGUGUCUGCUCGGGUUCCUGGUGCUGGCGGUGGUGCUGGGAGUGUAUCUGUCCAACGACACCAGCCUCGGACAUGUGAACCAUGUACCAGCCGCAGACCUGACCAAAGACAGGUUGUCCCACAAACCCAGCAAAUGCUCCCCAGCUCAAGUCCGCCGCCUGGCCGCUCAGGUGGACGGGACUCGUCUGUGGGAGACUCACCUGAGGCCCAUCCUGAUAGAGAGGCUGCCAGGGACCCAGGGACACCUGGCUGUGAAGCAGCACAUCACCUCCACCCUGACCUCCCUGUCUGCCGGCUGGUCCAUCGACCUCGACUCCUUCCAGUCUCCGACCCCGCGAGGCUCGGUCGCCUUCACCAACAUCGUGGCCACUCUGGAUCCCUCGGCCCCUCGCAGGCUGCUUCUGGCCUGUCACUACGACUCCAAGUUCCUGCCUCCAGACGCCCGUGACCCACAGAGGGUGUUUCUGGGGGCCAGUGACUCAGCGGUGCCUUGUGCUAUGAUCCUGGAGCUGGCCACUGCUCUGGAUGCUCAGCUUAGAUCCUUCAAACAACAGAAACUUCCCGUCUCCCUUCAGCUUGUGUUCUUUGAUGGCGAGGAGUCAUUUGAGGAGUGGACCGCCACAGACUCGCUGUACGGCUCCCGACACCUGGCUGAGCGCAUGGCCAACACGCCUCACCCCGCCGGCUCCUCACACACCACCAUGAUCCAGGCUGUGGACCUUUUUGUGCUGCUCGACCUGCUCGGGGGUCCUGAUCCACUGAUUGCAAAUCACUUUGACAACACGGCACGCUGGUUUGACCGUCUGAUUACUGCAGAGAAGCGACUCCAUCGACAGGGUCUUCUGACGUCUCACCCCUCAGAGCAGACGUACUUUAGGAAGGAUGUGUAUCUCGGACCUGUCCAGGACGACCACAUCCCCUUCCUUCACAAAGGCGUCCCUGUGCUACACGUCAUAGCCACUCCCUUCCCACAGUUCUGGCACACGUUGGACGACAAUGAGCAGAACAUGCACCGCCCCACCGUCGAGAACCUGACCAAGAUCCUGGCUGUGUUUCUGGCUGAGUACCUGGGCUUCUAAACACAAAGACAUGAAGACCACUGCUCACGUGUACCCUACACUGGAGAACUCUGGUUACCGAUGAGUGACCACAUGCCCAAGAGAAGUCCCGAGUGAAAUGAACUCAACUGAACUGAGAUACCAGCUGAACUUUGCUAAAGUCUUGUCUCUGCUGAAGUGUUUAGUCUUCCUAGGUUCACAUCAUGGAGGUGUUGGAGACCUUAUUUUUCCAAAACUUCUGGGCAUGUGAAGUUGAUACAGUCUUAAAUUAAAUUAUUAAAGUAAUAUUUAAUAAGACAAGAUAAAUGAAUCCUUUAAUGAGCAUGGUGCCUGAAGAGCAGUGGGGAGAUGUGUGUGUAAUUUCACAAGCAGUUUUGCUUUAUUACUGUGAAGAAGAAAACGAAUCCUAGCCAUAUGUUAUUCACCACUUUAAUGUCAUGGAGUUGCACUAACGUCCUCUUAAAGACAGAGCGAUGUGAGAAGCUGUGAACGACGGCUAGAAAAAAUCUGUGACUAAUUCACUUCAGCUUGUCUUCACUUGUCUGAAGCUGCUCUUGGCCUUAGUACCUGUUGCUCUUACUUUACAUUUUGUGUCAGUUGAGUGAUAUGAAGAGUGAAAAAUCCAACAAAUGUGCAUUUACACCACGUGAAAGGUGGAGACAAAAGUCUGCAAUAAGGUUUCUUGCAGACUUUCCUUGGAACAUUCUGUAACUUAUUGAUGUGGGAAAAUGUCAGCAGCGAAUUCUUGUCUUACCUUCCCUUCAACAAGCUGAAACCACUCGGGCUCUACAGCACAUCUGUGAACCGGUGUAUUAAAAUGAAUCCACCAUAUGAUGCUUACUUUAAA